AUGGCCUCUCCCUUCCGCCUCCUCGACCUGGCCACCGAGCUGCAGGAUAUGAUCGAAGAGCUGCACUUCUCCUCCCACGUCUUCGUGAUCUCCGACGCCACCCCCAACCCGCCGUACCUCGAGGUCCUGCGCACCAGAAAGGACCAGGAGAAGUACCGCCGCGCCAAAGAGACCUGCUACAAGCACGCGGCCUUUCAAGUAGGCGAAUUCAACCUCGAGGCCUUCGUCCAAAACGCCCAGCCCCAUGUUCGCCACAUCGAGGAGAUCCGCAUGGACGGCAUAAGCAUCAAGAUCGAUCCAUUCGUCAAGCGACCAAAGGUCUCGCAGAAUCUCAUGGAUACAUCACCCUUCGAGUACUUGCUGUACCGGGAAGAAGCAGUGUCCAAGGCCAUUGUGGGCAGAAUGCGGCUCAAGGCGGACGAGGCAGAGCUGCGGAAGUACGGACUGCUACCAUUCACUCUCAAGAUCGAAGUCAAGGUCAUGGAUGGAGGAAAUGUGGCCUGGAGCAAGUGGGUGCAUGGCCUCGACCUCGAAGCUACGGUCAAGACGGCACUUGAUCUUGCCAACUUCACUUUCGACAUCACCCUCGACAUCACUUUCGACUUCGCUUCUGCGCUCACGUCCACUGUCAACUCCCACAUCACUUCCGCCAUCACCCCACAUCACUCCAUCACAAUGGCCAAGUCCGACGGACAGAUGACCUGCCGCCUCCUCGCACUCCCUCAGGAGUUGCAAGACCACAUACAAGAACUCGUCUUCACAGACGUCGCGGUCGUCACUCCCAAGGGGAUCAUGCACCCCUUGCUCGUCGCUCUCGCAGCGGACAAAGCCAUCCACAGGCGCGCCAAAGAGACCUGCUUCAAGCACGCCAUCUUCAAGAUGCGCGUGGAGCGCAUCCGCCCCUUCCUCGAGCAGAACAAGGAGUACCUGCCUCUCAUCACCACCAUCGACAUCGUGCCACCCAACCUCGACAGCCCGCACGUCCUCUGCGUCCCGCAAGCGAAGCAACUACCAGGGGAAGCAACCGACGUGCUCGACGUUCUCGACAUGCUCGACAACGAGAUGGCUCUGCGCGCGGUGCGAGAGGCUACCACGCCUCAGAAGAUGGCGUUCUUUGCGGAUCUGGAGCGCGAGGUGGAGGAGAUGGGCGGCCGCAAGGGCGUUCUCAAGAUCGCGGUUGUUAUCAGGAAGGCGGAGGAGCAGAAUCGCGUCGUGCGGACUCUUUGGACUUCCAGGCCGACGCAGGAUGUGACCCGAUUCCUGCAGAUCGCUGGGUAUCACCACGCGUUGAUGCCGAUGUAG